GUGCGGCACCACGUGACCGGCCAGUGACGCACUCCAGACCAAGAUGGCGGCGCCCAUGUUGGCAGUUUCUCAGCGGCUCAGCCGCAAGCAGUUCAGGGCUCUGGUAAGAAAGGAAAAGCGGAAGAGAAAGAGACAAAUUGAGGCUAAACAGAGAGAAGAAGAAUUAACUGCUGAGGAGGACGUAGAACCAGAAGUAGGAGAUCUUGAUGAAGAAGAGAAACAGUUGGAGGCUGAAAGGCAGCGUUUACAUACAGAAUGGCUGGAAACAGAGAUACGGGCUCAGGAGGAAUUCCGUCUGAAAAAGGAAAAGGAAGAAGUGGCACAAAAAAAGCAAGAGGAGGAAGAGAGAAGGAUCAAAGAAGAAUGGGAGCAACAACAGAUGAAAGAGAAAGAAGUAGAAGAAAGCAAACUUCAGGAACGGAGAGAACGAGAGGAAGCUGUUCAGAAAAUGCUGGAUCAGGCUGAAAAUCAGAUUCAAAAUGAUGGCACGUGGCAUAAUCCAGAAGCACCCGAAGAUUAUGGAACUGAAAAGGAUAAGUCUUACUGCCCAUUCUUUCUCAAGACUGGUUCCUGCAGAUUUGGUGACAGGUGUUCUCGCAAGCACGUUUAUCCAUCAACGAGUCCGACAUUGCUUAUCCGAGCCAUGUUUAUUACCUUUGGGAUGGAAGAGUGUAGGCGAGAUGAUUAUGAUACAGAUGCUGGCCUGGAAUACAGUGAAGAUGAUAUUUACCAGCAAUUUGUGGAAUUCUAUGAAGAUGUAUUGCCUGAAUUUAAGAGUGUUGGGAAAGUUUUGCAGUUCAAGGUCAGUUGUAAUUAUGAGCCUCAUCUAAGAGGGAAUGUGUAUGUCCAGUACCAAAAGGAAGAAGAAUGCAAGCAAGCCUGUGUGACUUUUAAUGGACGUUGGUAUGCUGGAAAACAGUUGCAGUGUGAAUUUUCUCCUGUCACUCGUUGGAAAACAGCAAUAUGUGGACUUUAUGAAAGACGCAAGUGCCCUAGAGGAAAACACUGCAACUUCCUUCAUGUGUUCAGGAAUCCUGGCAACGAAUUCUGGGAGGCUGACCGAGACAUACACAUGUCUCCUGAUAGAACAAAACAGUAUUCUAAUAAAUAUUCUGAAAGAAGAGACAGAACAAGCUGUCGCUAUGAUUACCAUGGUCGAUCUAGAAGAUGGUACAAUGAUAGCCCAGACAAAGCACAGAGACGAAGUGGAGACUCUGAAAGGAAAAGAAAGAGAAGCAGGAGUAGGGAAAGGAGGAGGUCACAGAGAUCCAGGAGUAGAAGUCAAGAAAGAAAGCGAUCACGAAGUAGAGACAGGUAUCGCAGAAGUAGGAGCAGAGAAAUGCGGCGGUCACAGAGGUCCAGGAGUAGAAGUCAAGACAGAAGGUCGCCAAGCAGAGACCGAAGUAGGUACAGGUCAAAGAGUAAAAGUGUAGAGAGGUCACAGAGCUUAAGUCAUUCCAGAUCAAGAAGUAGAGGGAGAAGCCGGGGCAGGUCAGUCAGCAAGGGACGGGGGAACGGGCAGUCCCGAAGCAGAAGUAAACCACGAUCUAGGAGUAGAGAUAAAGAGCAGUCUAGGAGCAGAAGUCCUAGUCAUGGGCGGAGCAAAAAAAGUAAAGAUACAGAAAGUAAAAGCAAAAAGAGUAAGAAGAAGAAAGCUAAGAAAGAGAAGAAAAAGAACAAGUCUGAAGGCAAAUCCAAGAAUUCCAAAAAAAGACAGGAAAGUAAUGCCAAAAAUACUCCGACCAAUUCAAAAGGUAAAGACACACAAGUCACAAAAGACAAUGCUGAAUCAAGAAGCCUUUCUACUUCUAGUACAAAAAGCUCCAUGAGUGAUAUAGAGGUCUCUGCCAAACAGGAAGAUGCAAGUGAAAAGGAAGCCAAAAUUCACCAGUUGACCACUGUGGAUGAGUAAAGGCACAGGAAUGAAAAAUAAAAUUAAUAAUUUGCAGCAUUGACAAGGAAGCAACUGAACAGGACAAGAUGAGCUCCAUUUUAUGUUGACUGUAUAUUCACAAUUUACUUUACUGGUUUGUUUGAGUCAUUGGCAUCUAAUUCAAAUUGUGUAAGGGCAUUUGUAAUUCCCUUUGUGCAUAUGGGUUUGCAUAAUUUGCAUAAGACUGCACUGUAAACAAUAAAUAUUAAUUGAUGGA